AUGCCUCCUCCAUCGAGUCGCAUGACCAAAAACCGGCCACAGCCUACGCGCUACCGGCCGGGCAAAGCAGAAGUCGAGGACCCCGAAUCCGAGGAAGAAUCGUCAGAGGAAGAAGAAGAGCAAUCAGCAAAGGCGCCCGCACCCAAAGCGUCUUCGUUCCCUUCGCAGAAGAAGCUCGCGGUCGAUCUGAGUAAAGCUGGCCAGCAAAGAUCAGCAGCGCCCACAUUACCAGCCAAACCACCGGACGAGGACUUGGAAGGGUUCGUGACUGCUUCGGAGUCUUCCGACGAGGAUGAGGCCGGCGAUGGCUCGAGUGACGAGGGGGAGGGGGAAGAGUCAGAAGAAGAGGAGAGCAGUUCGGAUGAUGAGCCGAAGAAGCCUAUGCUUGCGCCAAAAUUCAUAUCCAAGGCGAAGCGCGUACAACAAGCUUCGAAUGGUCCAACGGCAGAAGAGCGAGCAGCGGAGGAGGAGCGAUUACGGAAGGAGAAGGCGGAUGAGAUGCUACAAGCUCAACUGGAACGGGAAGCAGCGGCGAGAGCGGCAGGCAAGAAGUUUUGGGACGAUGAGGAUAUUGCUCCUGAAGAUGAAGUGGACGACACAGACAAUCUAGACGACGAGGCCGAGCGAGCGGCAUGGAAACUACGUGAGCUCAAGCGCGUACGGAGGGAUCGUCUAGCGAUCGAGGAGAAGGAGAAGGAGCGAGAAGAGAUUGAGCGGAGACGGAACAUGACGGCCGAGGAACGCGAAGAGGAGGAUCGCAAGUACAUCGAAGCACAAAAAGAGGACCGAGAGGGCAAGGGCAAGAUGGCGUAUAUGCAGAAGUACUUCCACAAGGGCGCCUUCUUCAAUACAGAAGGCGAGCAGGACGAGGAGGUGCAGGCGGCGCUGAACAGAGAUCUGGCGGGGGCGAGGUUUGCGGAUGAUGCGGGGGAUAAGGCGGUGUUGCCGGAGUACAUGCGGAUCCGGGAUAUGUCGAAGUUGGGCAAGAAGGGGAGGACGAAGUAUAAGGAUCUGAAGAAUGAGGAUACUGGGCGGUGGGGGAAUGAUGUAGGGAGAAGGAAGAGGGAGUUUGAUGGGGUGGAUGAGCGAUUUAGGCCGGAUGACGGGAGGGAGGGUGGAGGGAGGGAGAGGACGGGGGCGAACAGCCAGCCGGUGGGUGAGAGGAAGAGGGCGAGGUAUGAGUGA